AUGAGCUACAUCUUCAAGUGGGAGCAGGCGCCGAAACCGACGGACAACGUGUUCGAGAGCCCCGACGGCACGCGGAUCUUCGUGGACCGCAAGAGCUACACGUAUCUUGACGGCACGGUCCUCGACUGCGACUCCGAGAUGCUCGGGCAGUCACUGAUUUUUCGCAACCCGAACGCAAAGAGCGCGUGCGGUUGCGGCCUGUCGUUCCAGGUGUAG